AAGGUAGCGGAGGCGUGAGUAAGAGCCGCCUCCUCCUCCCCGCCCGCUCUCACUUACGUGCGGCCGGGCGGGCGGGCGGGCAGGCACGGAGCCGCCGUCCCGCACCCGCACACUUGCCGGAGAUGAACCGCGCCGCGCUGCGGGUCUCGCUCCUACUCCCGCUCCUGCUCCUGCCCGCCCUGGGCCGUGCCGGCACCGACCAGGAACACGGCGGCGAAGAGACCCCGCAUUCCCCGGGGAAAGGCCACAGCCACUGGAGCUAUGAAGACCUGAAGCACUGGAGUACGGACUACUUGGACUGCGGGGGCACCAAGCAGUCACCCAUCAAUGUUGACACAGCUCAGGCCAUCUUCAGCCCUGACCUGCGGCCGAUCCAGCUCUCUGGCUACAGCCUGCCCGCCAACGAGCUGCUCAAGCUGAAGAACAAUGGGCACACAGUUGUCCUUGAGCUGCCCGACUCCCUGGCCCUCACUGGUGGCUAUGCCCAGCAGUACCGAGCUGCACAGCUGCACCUGCACUGGGGCUCCCCGACAGGACCCGGCUCGGAGCACACCGUCAAUGGGCGGCGCUUUGCUGCCGAGAUCCAUGUGGUCCACUACAAUACCAAGUAUGACAGCUUUACAGAGGCAAUGGUUCACCCAGAUGGCCUGGCUGUACUGGGAGCCUUUCUGGAGGUUGGGCAUGGGGAGAACCAAUACUACCAUGAAAUACUUAAGCAUCUAUAUGAAAUCAAGGAAGUAGGACAAGAAACCUUGGUGCCUGGAUUCAACAUUGCAGGUCUGCUGCCUGCCAACCUGAAACUCUACUUCCACUAUAAUGGCUCUCUGACCACCCCUCCCUGCUACCAGACAGUCAAGUGGACAAUCUUCAACCAGACCAUGCUGCUCUCUCAUCGCCAGAUGUCAGUGCUGGUUUCAACCCUGAGAAGCCCUGACGACGAGCUUUUGCAGAACAACUACCGGCCAGUGCAGAACCUGCACGGGCGACGGGUGCUGGCGAGUUUCCAGACCACCCCUUCAGUGAAACACGCUCCUGGUAGUGAUGAUUCAGCAACAGCAGAAGGACACUCCAGCUCAUUUCAUGCAGGAGAUGUGCUGGCUGUGCUCUUCGGGGUGCUCUUUGCUGUCACAGCACUGGCCUUCCUGCUGUACAUCUAUAAGCACCGCAGCCAGAACACACGGCUGGACUCGCCGACCAAAUCCAAGGUCAUCUACACGGCAGCCAGCACCGAGAACACUGCGUAAACUCCACACCUCUGUGGCAGUCCCAGCCCCACUGGCUCAGCCUGUCACCCCACCUCCCCUCACUCCCACCCCAGGUCAAGGAAGACCAGAGCUCCAGCACGCCUUGGCUGCACGGGCUGCCCACAUGGACUGUUUGUCUGGGGGCAGCAUUUGGCCCCAAUAGAUAUUUUUGUUAUAAAAAAGGUAAAAACUCUUAAAAAAAAAAAAAGUAAAAUCCUCCCAUACCAGCUGUCU